CGAAGUUCCAUUAAUUGUCAUCUGUGAAAACAAAAAAGAAACAUAUUCCGCUUCUGACUGAAACAUUUUCUUCUCUAUCUGGAAACAUCUUCCUCCCAAUCUGUUCAUCGAUCGACUCAGUAAGACAAAUGCAUCACCAAACACCACCGCUCGACUCUGCCGACCCUCAGCUCCCCACCAUCAAAAUCCACCACCCACCCUCUCCUCGUCACCACUCCUCCGGAGGUCCGGCUGCCACCCCAACUCCCACUGCUGGCGCCCGCCGUCGAAUCGGCGUUGCUGUUGAUCUCUCCGACGAGAGCGCUUACGCCGUUCAGUGGGCUGUCAGCCACUACAUCCGCCCUGGAGACGCUGUAAUUCUCCUCCACGUUAGCCCUACCUCCGUCCUCUUCGGCGCCGAUUGGGGGUCCAUCGACCUCUCGAUCAGCACCAAUGAAGAUGACGAUGCUGCCGCCGUUGACAAGUUUCACCAUAACGAAAGAAUCACCGAGACCGCCACUCCCACCAAGCGAAACGCCAAGCAGAAGAAGCUCGAAGAUGAUUUCGACGCCUUCACGGCUUCCAAAGCUGCUGAUCUCGCUAAGCCCUUAAGGGAGGCUCAGAUACCGUACAAGAUUCAUAUCGUGAAGGAUCACGAUAUGAAGGAAAGGCUGUGUUUGGAGGUGGAGAGGCUUGGGCUCAGUGCAGUGAUUAUGGGGAGCAGGGGUUUUGGGGCUGUGCGACGUGGUAACGAUGGAAAACUUGGGAGUGUCAGUGAUUAUUGUGUUCAUCACUGUGUUUGUCCUGUUGUCGUUGUACGGUAUCCCGAUGAUAAGGAAGAGGGUGGUGAUGUUGCUGGUGGCCAUGGCGGUGGUGCUAUACUUGCGGUGAAGGACGGGGAAGAAGAAGAGGCUGUGAUCAAGCCUGUUGUGAAGGAAGAGCAUCUAAAAGAUGCUUAGUGGCUUUAUGAACGAUAGAUUUGGUCCUCUCAAGUGAAGGUAUGUUUUUUUUUUUUUUUUGCUAAACCUUUAUACGCAACUUCUUUGUGAAAAAUAAAAGUGGAAGAAAAUUAUCUACAUUCUAUUUAUCUCAUUACUGGUUUAUACUCAGCAAAGCUUCACAACUAUUUCUCCUUAUUCUUUUCUUUCCUCUCACUCCCCCUUUUUUCCCUCUCUUUAUGAGUCAACUGCUAAUAGAUGGUAUUAGUUGACGGAGACUGAGAAGUUAAUAAGAUUUUUUAUUGGUUGAAAUAUUGCAGUAAUGGAAAGCAAGACUGUAGGGUGCUUGUUCCUUCCCACACUUUGAUUCCUUCUAACAGCUUCUCUUGCCUACAAACUUUGGGAGGACUAAGGAUGUGGUGGAUUGCAUACUGUUUGCGAGAUUUUAGCAGUUCCGUUUGUCCUUCAUAAAUGUUUGGGUGACUACUUUGUGAUGCAAUUUCUUUUCAAUGUGAAAAAUCUGCUGUGUUUAUUCA